AUGAGCGUCUUGCUCGAGACAUCCCUAGGCGAGAUUGUCAUUGACCUUCAAGUCGACAGCGCACCCAAGUGUUGCGAAAAUGUGCAGAAGGAUUUUUCAUUUCAAACAGGAGAUCCGCUAGGUCCAGAUUCACCCGAAAGUGAUGGGGGCAGUUCAAUAUGGGGCUUGCUAUCCGGGCCAGGGAAGAGGAAUUUUGUCGCCGAAAUGAAUCCCAAGGUCAAGCAUACGGAACGUGGCACGGUGAGUAUGGCCACGGUGCCUGCCGCCAAAGAUGCGGAUGAAAGACUUGCUGGGAGCCAAUUUAUCAUCACGCUUGGCGAGAAUAUCGAUUAUCUUGAUGGCAAAGCUGCCCCUUUCGGUACUGUUGUGGAAGGCUUUGAUACCCUCGAAAAGAUUAAUGAUGCAUUCACUACAUCGAACGGGCGGCCAUUAAAAGACAUACGGAUCAAACAUACAGUGGUUCUCGAAGAUCCUUAUGAUGACCCCCUUGGCCUUAUCACCCCGGAGUCAAGUCCAGUUCCAUCAAAGGCGCAACUUGCUACCGUGAUGAUUGCUGAUGAUGAGGACCUGGAUCAGGAAGUGGACGAAGCCGCCCUGGAAAAGCUGCGCAGAGAAAGAGAGGCUCGCGCUCAGGCUUUGACACUGGAAAUGGUGGGUGAUCUCCCCUUUGCAGAGGUCAAACCUCCCGAGAACGUACUGUUUGUGUGCAAACUCAAUCCGGUCACACACGAUGAAGACCUAGAAUUGAUAUUCAGUCGAUUCGGUAAAAUUCUGUCAUGCGAGGUUAUCAGGGACAAGCGAACUGGCGACAGCCUUCAGUAUGCCUUUAUUGAAUUCGAAAACCAAAAGGAUUGUGAGCUAGCAUAUUUCAAGAUGCAAGGAGUCCUCAUUGAUGACCACCGCAUCCAUGUGGACUUUUCUCAAAGUGUUUCGAAAUUGUCCGACACCUGGAGGGAUGCCACAAACUCAAAGAGAGCCAAACACUCUGGUGGUUUCGGUGGUAUCGAAAGUCUGGAGAAAAAACGGCACUACCGCGAGCAAGACGGACGUGUGUUAGGUGGACGAGGCUAUCGCAUGGUGUUCGACAAAGACGACAUUCGAAAGGACAGAAAUAGCCCACCCCGUUCAAAGGAACCUCGCCGUUCUCGCAGUCGAAGUCAAAGCCCUCGUCACGAUCGUUCUGCACGCCGAGGAAGAGAGGGUGAACGAGAUCGCACAUACGGCUCCAAUAAAGAUAGGCACAGAGAAUCAGACCGAGAUCGACGUGACGUUGAUCGACAUGACUACAGGUACGAAAGGCACAGGGGUGGCUAUGACGAUUCCCGAAGGCGUGAAAGGGAUCGCAGAUGA